AUGGAUCCUCCUCCUGCGAUUCCUCAAUUUCUCGAUCAAUACGAGAAUCCGUUCUUCCUUCACAGCUCCGAUCAUGCUGGUCUCAUCCUUGUCUCCGAUCGUCUACAAUCCGGCGCUGACUUUCAUUCAUGGCGUCGCUCCGUGCGUAUGGCUCUCAAUAUCCGCAACAAGCUGGGCUUUAUCGAUGGUACUAUUCCUAAACCACCUGAUAAUCAUAGAGAUGCCGGAUCUUGGUCACGGUGUAACGAUAUGAAUCUCUUGGCCAGGUUUAAGCAAGAUGAUGCCCCUCGUGUGUUUGAGAUUGAACAACGUUUAGAGACUCUACAACAAGGAUCUAUGGAUGUUAGUAGUUUCUACACAGAAUUGAUGACUCUCUGGGAGGAAUAUAAGAACUACAUUGAGCUCCCUGUAUGUACGUGUGGUCGUUGUGAGUGUAAUGCUGCACAUUUGUGGGAAGCGUUACAACAGAGGAGCCGUGUUAUGAAGUUCUUGAUGGGAUUGAAUGAAGCCUAUGAGCCUACUCGUCGUCAUAUCUUGAUGAUGAAACCGAUUCCUUCUAUUGAGGAUGUUUUCAACAUGGUUGCACAAGAUGAGCGUCAGAAGACUAUUAAACCAAGCUCAAGACAGGACAAUGUUGUUUUCCAGAAUUCUCAUGAUGAUACUCGCUCUCUUUCAUCUGAGACUACCUCUGAGAAUGCUGCCUUUGCUGCACAAUACAACAACACAUACCGUCCUCGUCAACGUCCGCUUUGUACUCAUUGUGGUCAAUUUGGUCAUGUGGUUCAGAAAUGCUUCAAGCUCCAUGGUUAUCCUCCGGGUCACAAGUAUUAUAAUGCUUCUGGAGUAAACCCAUCUCCUCAGUUGUCUCAGGCUUCUCGUGGUCCGGCUCAGUCACAUCCUCAGUCUCAAUCUCGUCCUCCAUCUCAGUCAUAUCAAAAGACGAACACUGUGGCGAAUGUGACUGCUUCUCCGAUGUAUUUGCCAGCUCCGACUAAGAAUGCUAUCAAUAUUGACCUGAGUCAACUCAACACAGAUCAGUUCCAGACUUUGCUUCAACAGCUCCAAAGUCAUGUUAAGCCUUCAGACUCUCAGGUUCCCAUUCAACGUGCGUCUAUCACCGAUGGAGGUCACACGGCUUCUGAAUCGUCUGCUGGUAUCGUCUCUUGUCUCACUUCAAACUUCCCUUUUCCCUCUUCUAGCCUUCGUUUUGAGAACAACUGCCUUACUUUCCAACACCAAUGCUUAUCUUCUCUUUAUAACUCUUUACCUAGUGGUGCUUGGAUAAUUGACAGUGGUGCCACGACUCAUGAGUCUAUUCAGGGCUUGACGAUUGGUAGAGGCAAUCUCAUCAACAAUCUCUACAUUCUUCAAGCUCCUGCUAUCUCCUCGAAUUUAUGUGGAUCCUUGCUUGAUGAUGGUCUUCUUUGGCAUCAGCGCCUUGGACAUCCAUUUCCUGCCAAGUUACAGCAUCUUUCUGGUAUCCUGCAUCUGCAUAAAGCUGCUAGUUCUGUUUCUCCGCAUUGUAGCAUUUGUCCUUUAGCUAAACAAAAGCGUCUUUCAUUUCCUUCUAAUAGUCGUUUGUCUAAGGCUCCUUUUGAUCUUGUUCAUUUGGAUGUCUGGGGUCCUUUUUCAGUUGAAUCAAUAGAAGGUUACAAAUAUUUUCUCACCAUUGUUGAUGAUUGUAGUCGUGUAACUUGGAUCUAUAUGAUGCGUAAUAAAAGUGAAGUUUCGACUAUUUUUCCGUCUUUUGUUAAGUAUAUUCAAACUCAAUAUGGUGUGACUAUCAAAAUGAUUCGCAGUGAUAAUGCCCCUGAACUUGCAUUUCCGAAAUUGAUUCUUGAACUUGGAAUUGUGCAUCAAUAUUCUUGUGCUUAUACGCCUCAGCAAAAUUCAGUGGUUGAAAGGAAACAUCAGCAUUUACUCAAUGUUGCUCGUGCAUUGUUAUUUCAAUCGAAUUUGCCUUUGAUCUACUGGAGUGAUUGCAUUUAUACUGCUGUCUUUCUUAUUAAUCGCACUCCAUCGUUGCUUUUGGAUAAACUUGGUCCAUUUGAAGUUCUUGCUAAGAAAACCCCUGACUAUUCCUUUCUUCGCUCUUUUGGUUGCUUAUGUUAUGUUUCGACUUUACUUAAAGAUCGCAACAAAUUUUCACCAAGGGCUGAUGCUUGUGUUUUCUUGGGCUAUCCUUCUGGUUGCAAAGGUUACAAAGUUUUGCAUUUGGACACAAAUAUUGUUUCUAUCAGUCGUAAUGUGGUUUUCCAUGAAAACGUUUUUCCUCUUAAAACUGCUUCUUCACUCAUUUAUGAUGAUCUGUUUUCAAAAACGAUUUUGCCUUUGCCUAUUCCAGUUGGUAUUGAUUCUUUUCCUGUUACCAACCUUGGUCCUGCUGCAUAUUCGCAUGUUCCUACUGCACCUCAUUCAUCUCAUGCUUCUGAUGCAUUUGUUCCUGAUGCAUCUCAUUCUCCUCAUAUAUCUCAUUCAUCUGAUGCAUCUCAUUCAUCUGCAUCACGCUCUAAUGCCCCAUCUAUAUCACGAGAGACUGUUUCACGUGGCAUUGGACAGAGUCGCUUACUCAAUGACAUCUCACGACCCAAACGUGCGUCAAAGGCUCCAGGUUACUUAUCUGACUAUCACUGUUCCCUUACUCAAAUUUCUAAGCCUUUCAUUUCUCCUUUUGACAUUCCUUCUCCUGAAUCUAUUCCCUCUACUACUGUUUACCCUCUCUCUAAUGUUCUUAGCUAUUCUGCUCUUGCUCCUUUGUAUCAAACCUAUGUUCUCUCCUAUUCUCUUGAGACGGAAUCGACGACAUUCAAGCAAGCCAUGACAUCUCCUCAUUUUCGACACGCUAUGAAUGAGGAACUUGAGGCUAUGGAGGUAAACAGAACUUGGACUAUUGAAUCAUUGCCCCCUGGUAAGAAUGUGGUGGGUUGCAAAUGGGUUUAUACUAUUAAGUAUAAGGCAGAUGGUACUAUAGAGCGGUACAAAGCUCGUCUCGUCACAAAGGGAUUCACUCAACAGGAGGGUGUGGAUUUCACAGAAACUUUCUCUCCUGUUGCUAAGCUCACAAGUGUGAAGCUUCUUCUUGCCUUGGCUGCUAUCAAGGGCUGGAGUCUGUGUCAAAUGGAUGUCUCCAAUGCCUUUCUUCACAGUGACUUGGAUGAGGAGAUCUACAUGAGUUUGCCUCUGGGCUAA